AUGAAGUUCUUCAGCACCAUCAUCGCCGUCUCGGCCCUCGCCGGCGUCACCCUCGCCAGCCCUCAACCGUUUGGAUUCGGGCGUCCACCCCCACCGCCGCCGCCUCCGGCCCAUACGAACACGGUCGAGUCCAAGAGCAGCGACAGCACCUCCCCGAGCUCGAGCGCUGACCCCAGCCGCGGGGCGUCGAGCCCAGCUGGGUCGCCCGUGGCCACGACCACGAGCAGCGGGCCGUAUAAGCCGGCGGGAGCCGCAACAACCUCGACAACCACGUACCUCCCCACCGUCGCCGCCACUACCACUACAUCCAGCGCAGCCAGCGGUACCGUGUCAUGCCUGAGCAGCGCGGCGGCUUCCAGCGUGGUCAACGGAUUCGGGUCGCUCUUGACAGCCUACACCAACGCCACUGCCAACUCGCUCCUGGCCUCCGACUUCACCGACACGUCCGAUUCGAUCAACGUCUUGGCCGGAUACCCGCUUGGUUCCACGACUUUCCCCUCCAAGCUCGCCUUUGAGCUGGGUCAGGGCAGCGAACCUGCCAUCGGCUUCAGCGUGCUCGGUAUCGACGCCGUUACUUGCAAUGUGAUUGCCUUCCGCUGGGAGGCCAUCCUCGGCUCUUCCUCACCUGUCAAGGGCAUCGACAUCCUCUACACCGAGAACCCCACUGGCACUGAAGACGGCUGGCAGAUCCAGACCAUCUACUCCGAGUUCAAUUCUUGCACUUGGUCCGUUGAGAUCGGUGGUACUUGCGUCCCACCUUCUCAGGCUCGUCGCCACUAG